CUUGUCGCCGACAGCAAACCUUCUUGUUGCCGGCUUGCACUGAUAGUAUUAGUGUUUCCUUCUCAGUAUCUACACUCAUUCCUAUCCCUAAGUCGUUUAGUUCAUUCGUUUUUGUCGAUUCUUCCGAUUUAUCUUGCCAUAGCAGCUUUAUAAUAUCGCCAUCGAAGCACAGGGCAAGAUGUCUUAUCACGAUCACCCUAACAUAAAUCCCAAUACCAACCCUAAUACCACUGAUGAUGGGAAGAAGCAAACUGUACUUUCUGGUUCUGCUCAACCCUUCAUAGGAGGUACCUUUAAACCCAAUAGCUACUCAAAUCACCAAGCCGGAGCGUCUCAAAGCGCAGGACCUAUCAACCAGCCUACAGGAUAUGUAUCGGCACAUCAGCCUCCUGGCCCUCCGAUGGGACUUCCCAACUUGAAAUUCGGACAGCAUGCUCUGCCUCCCGACUUCGUGCCUCAGGGUUCCCAGGGUUCCCAGCUCUCACACUUCCCGAUUCAUGGAAACCACAACAACCAUUGGCGUCAGAUGCCUUACGGCGAUCGCGCCGCCCCUUUUCACCAUACCCAUGCGGCCUCUGAUAGUACUACAAGCCCCAUCGCCCCUCGAGUUGUCUUGCCGCCUUCACAUGGGCAAAUUGGUUUCAACUCCCAGACGCCUACCCGCCCCCGCGGAGGAGGCAGAGGACAAGGUAUUGACAUUCCUCCCCCUCCCGGAAUGGUCCCCAGCAAUCGCCAGAUAAUCACCGAUCCGCGCCAGAACGUGGUUAGUAGUCCGACAUUCAACAAAUACUACCUUCCCAUGCAGUCUCGAAACCGCCAGUACCCGUACCAGGGCCAGCAACAUCAAGUGGAGCAACAACAGAUAGGACAGGCGCAGAUGGGCCAACAGCAGAUGGGUCAGUUGCAGACGGGUAAGGCGCAGAUAGGCAAUCCUGCUUAUACCAUGGCUUCCCAGAAGCCCCAGCCGCACCCUGACAGACAUGCUCGCCAGAGAAUUCUUGAUGAGCAGGCGAAGAGCUUCUCUCAGGAAGAUGACGACGCAUUCUACCCGAAUAAUGUAUAGGCGUUACGGAGAAGCUGUGACAGGGACGAGGGUUUUCAUUGCUGUUGAUGAGUCCCUUCCACAUCACGAAGUUACGACUAAAGCAAAUCUCAUGGUUGUUUAAGGCAUGGAAAUCCCCAAGAAAACACAAAAAUUAGGAAUCUGGCGUUGAGUUCAUGCGGAUUGAUUUGUUGGUGGCGAAAGUCCAAAAGAAAGGGGUUAUGGAGCAGGAGAGAACACGUCAGACCGACUGACAUUAUGGCCGUAAUGCGUUUCUUCAAUUCUCAUCUACAGGAUUCUAUAGGAUCACUGGUUCGCACCAUGCUUCGCGAUGAUUUUCGCUUUUCACUUAAGCAUCUGAAGAUGCGCAUGAUAAUG